GCUUUACCAAUUUGCACGCCUGAAAUCGAACAAGUAUGGCUGUUUCUCAAAUUGAAUGAGACCCUUCUUCCACAUUACAAAAACAAAAAUCUAGCCACACAUCAAAAUUCCCACACAGACAAACACACACUCUUUGUGCCAGAUUCUACGUUGUAAUAAAAAACGGAGAAGAAGAAGGAAAAAAGAUAGCAGCAGCGGAAAGAGCGCCCCCCAGCUGUUUGUCUUUAUUAUUUUGUUCUUAACGAGGAGCUCCUAAUUCUGCCAUUGCUCAACUCAACUACCCUUGAAAAUUGAAAUCUGUUCUUCAUAUUUAUAUAUAAAUGUAUAUGUAAUGUAAUGCAUUGUUUCUAGACAAUAUAAAAAUCUAGUCUUGGAGAUGGUGGAGGAGUAGUUCAAGAAAUCUGAGCUCUUUCAGAAGAACCCUUCUGGUUUCUCUUCAUUCUUGGGGGGAAAUUGGUUACUAUGGCCGAAGAAAUCUGUCUUUUCACUAAGGAUUCUAUAAUCAUAAAACCUCCCAAGAAAUCUCCAGCUUCGUUGCGGAUGCUUGUUUUAGUAUUCGCUAUGGCCUGUGGUAUUUAUAUCUGUUCAGUCUGUUUAAAACAAACUAGCAUUCAUACAAGUACUAAGUUCCACAACAUCGAAGUUAGUCAGAGGAAUUGUCAUGAUAACGCCAUCGAUAGGUCUCAAACUCCAUUCUUGCACUACCCAAAGCCCACUUCGUUUAGCAGGGCCGAAUGUGCUAGUAAUCCAGUGCGGCUUUUUGCUAUUUUAUCGAUGCAAAGAUCUGGAAGCGGAUGGUUCGAGACAUUGUUGAACAACCACACCAAUGUAAGCUCAAAUGGGGAGAUAUUUUCUGUUAAAGAAAGGAGAAGCAAUGCCUCUUCAAUUAUCUCGACUCUGGAUAGAGUCUACAAUUUGGACAUGUUCACAAGUGCUUCCAAGAAUGAGUGCUCAGCCGCGGUUGGCUUCAAGUGGAUGCUUAACCAGGGGUUGAUGGAGUACCAUAAGGAAAUUGCAGAUUACUUCAAUGAUAGAGGUGUUUCUGUAAUCUUCCUUGUCCGGAGAAAUCUGCUUAGGCGGAUGGUUUCUGUUCUUGCUAAUUCUUAUGAUCGUUACGCUAAACUCCUAAAUGGGAUGCACAAGUCUCAUGUGCACUCACAUGAAGAGGCUGACACUCUUUCAAAAUAUAAACCGGAAAUCAACACUACUUCGUUGGUGAAUGAUUUAAAGGUCAUGGAGAAGAUGGUCUUGGAGGCGCUGGAGUAUUUCAGCCGCACAAGGCAUAUUAUCUUGUAUUAUGAGGAUCUCAUAAAGAAUCAAACCAAACUGAUGGAUGUUCAAAGAUUUCUCGGGCUGCCAUUAAUGGAUUUAAGCAGCCGGCAGGUGAAGAUACACCGAGGAUCACUGUCGGAGCAUAUCAAGAAUUGGGAUGACGUCGACAAGAUUCUACGAGGAACAGUAUAUGAGAGCUUCCUCCACACUGACUACAGUAAUUAGGGUUAGAGGCCAUUGAUGACUGAUAGAAGCUGCACAUUUUUUGGCCGGAUGCCACAAAGUUUAUCAGGUGAUCAAUGCAAUGUUGAUCUCUGUCCAACUCCAAUCCAAGUUUUCUUUUCCUUUUCCUUUCUUUGUAGUAUUUCUUUUCAUUUUGGUUAUAUUUUCCACAUGAUGUAUAGGUCUGUAAUUUGUGCAUAAACAUUGAUGAUGUGAACCGGACCGAACCAAAAGAGAGAUCAAUCGAUUUCAUAUCA